CUCUAAUUUGUCUACUGGCCGGCGGCGCUCGGUCUCGGUUAGCUUGCAGGGUGCAUGCAUGAAAGCAGUAUCCUUCCGUCUUGCAAGGCAAACCAGACGACUUCUUACCGUCCCCGAGCAAGUACGACAUCUGCACGCCUUGAGCGAGAGCCACGCUGCAUCAAGCAAAGAGCGACAAUCUGUCUCCCAACGUCACACGACACUUCCCCGGCGACCUUCAGCGUGCGAGAGGCAGGUCAAGCUGACGUACUUCGAUUCAGUUGUCUCUGGCUCGUCCAGACAAGCUUCGAGCAUGGUCAACGAUAGCAAAACGAAUGGCCAUGUAGCUGGUCUGAACGGCAAGCAUUCGCCAGCAGAUGAUGCCAACCGACUCGCGGACGAUCAUCGCUAUCAGUUUACUCAGACGCAAGCCAAAGAUGCUAAACCUUGGCUUUCGCUCAAUGGGAAUGGAACAACACCCAACCCUACUGCCCUUGCGCCCGUUGAAAGCAACUCGCAAGAUAUUCGCAGGUAUAGAGGUUCGCUACCCGCCGAGAUUGGCACACUCGAGAUCCAGAAGAAGCGGUUGCUUGCACGUCUGCGCCAGAAGACGGAUGACUUGGACAAGUACGAGUUCUUGAGCGGUCUGCGAGCAAGCAACACAGACCUAUUCUACCGCCUCUUGAUCGACCAUAUUUCGGAACUGUUAGGUCUCGUCUACACGCCUACGAUCGGCCUCGCAUGUCUGUCAUUCUCGCACAUCUUCGCCUACGUCGAUAAUGGGCUCUACCUCUCAUGGCACGACAAGGGUCACUUGCAAGAUAUCAUCAACAGCUAUCCUGGCGAAGCGCCGCAGAUCGCAGUUGCUACUGACGGCAGUCGAAUUCUCGGAUUAGGUGAUCUCGGCGUGAACGGAAUGGGCAUUCCCAUCGGCAAGCUGUCUCUAUAUGUCGCCUGUGCCGGCAUCGACCCGAGCAGGACGCUGCCCAUUGUCUUUGACCUUGGCACUGCAAAUGCCAAGAAUCUGCAAGACCCGCUCUACGUCGGCAUUAAGCAACCGCGCGUGUCCAACGAACAGGCGCAAGAAUUCAUAAGCGAGUUCAUGGUCGCGGUCUCGAAGCGUUGGCCACAGCUCAUUGUUCAGUUUGAGGAUCUCAACACCGAACUGGCUUUUGAUGUGCUGGCCUCUCAACGAGAGCAAUAUCCUUGCUUCAACGAUGACAUCCAGGGCACAGCUGCAGUCUGCCUCGCAGGCAUCAUCAACGCAAUCAAGCAGUCAGGUUCCCCGCUCAGAGAUCACAAGCUUGUCUUCUUCGGUGCGGGCUCGGCGGCUGUCGGCAUCGCUCAGCUCAUCUGCGAGCAUUUCGUCAAGCAAGGCGUACCAGAGGAGACAGCCAGACGGAUGUUCUGGCUCGUCGAUUCUAAAGGCCUGGUAGCGGACAAUCGAGGCGACAAGCUUCCCGCGCACAAAGUCUACUUCUCGCGGCCAGAAGCAGACGCACCACGGCUGACGACAUUGCUGUCCGUUGUUCAACACGUCCGACCGACUGCAUUGUUGGGUCUCUCGACAGUCGGAUCGACUUUCACAGAAGACAUUGUGCGCUUCAUGGCAGAGAUUCAGCAUGCGCCUAUCAUCUUCCCUCUGUCCAACCCUUCGAGCAAGAGCGAGUGUACCUUCAGAGAAGCCAUGACUUGGUCAGAAGGACGUGCCAUCUUUGCAAGCGGCUCGCCAUGGCCUAGCGAGAGAUGGCCAGGCAAGAAUAACCAAGGCAACAACGUUUUUUCGUUUCCCGGCCUUGGCUUAGGCUGCAUCAUGGCGCAAGUCACCAAGAUUCCGGAAGGUCUCGUGCAUACAGCAGCAGAAUCGCUUAGUAUCUCCAUGAACGAAGAAGAACGCAACACGCCCGGUAUGCUGUACCCCUCUCUGCCACGUAUCAGAGAGAUCAGUGCCGUUAUUGCUCGAGAAGUCGUCAAGACUGCUCAAGCUCUAGGUGUUGACGGCAACAAGGAUCUGAAAGGAAUGACGGACGCAGAGAUGGACGCGUACAUUGCUAAGAGACGCUACGACCCCAUGCCGGAUGGCCGAGCUCAUGGCGUUCUGACCGGUGUUGGCAUCACUCACAAGCACAACGAAGCUGGAGAGGCAAUAGAACUAUAAAGAGGGGAAUAGAGGUAGACUGCCUCGAGAGAGGCAACAAAAAGGGACAGUCCGUCGGAUUGUAGAGUUGCAAUACAUCGUACAACAUGAUCGUGUUCUUAUUCUUGAUAGCUUUAGCCCAGACAUUCUGCGU